AUUCGAUGUACUUACUUUGUUUCGCUUUGUUGUCAAAACCAUGUCAAUCGCGGAUCGAUUAGAUCAAGUUGAUCACACGUACCAACACAAUACCUGCCAUUUUGGGACGGUCAUCCCUUGGAGCGAGUAUCCUAUCGACACGCGUACCUGGAAUUAAGCAGUACUGCUUACAUGCCAUUUGACUCGUUGAUUUCCUGAUCAAGCCGUAUUCAGAUCUUUGAAUGAAAACGUUUCAAGAGUGUUUUCUGCCUAGCAGAAAUUUGGUAUGUAAACAACCAGCUGGUUAUGGAUACGCACUGUGGUUGUGCUGUCGAGAAUGCGUUACAACUGAUCCUGUGUUAGAUGCCAUAGGAUGCCUGUUAUUACCAAAUAUUUAGCGAUCGAGAACCCAUGGCCAGGAGACAGCAAUUCGAAAGCCCGCAGAAACUCAGUGGCAUUCUUCAAUCUCUUGGGAGCAUGGGUUUCUCAUAUGAUCAAAAGAGCGUCAGCAGUGGAAAUGGUUCUCCACAGGAACACGCGCCACGAAGUGAUUGUGAAACUUGCAAAGAAAGUUGAUAUUGAAGAGAUCAUUGGAGCCCACUAUUGGAGAAAAUUUUGUAUACUGGAUAAGCGAUCGACCGCGGUGUCCUAUGUAUUUGAAUAUGAUCUAGCCAGGUUUGGUAAACCGGAAAUGCAUCAAUGGACAGAAAACUAUGUAAGUCCUUACACAGGGGAUAUCCAGAAUAUCAUGCUCGUGAAUGAGUAUCCGACCUCAAGCUAUGUUUCACUGGUGGGUAGGGAUGUAGCCGAUCUAGUACGAAAGCCACCACAGAGGAAAGCACACACGCCGACCCCUCCGCCAUCACCAUCACCCCCGCCCCCGGUUAAUCUCUUCACGCCGUAUGAAACGCCUGCACAUAUAACAUUCACCACCGCGGGUGAUGAUGAACCUGAUGAACGGCUUGAUGCAAUGAUCAAGGAGGAACACAUUGAAGAUGGAAUGAAAAUCGCUUCGAAGAUUGAUCCAUAUGAGGAAGAAGAGGCGGCGCUGCAGGCCCUAAAGUCGGAACCAGUGGAGACUGCGGUGUUCAGCAAAGUGAAACAAGAACCUGGGAUUAAAGAAGAACCAAUUGAUUAUCUUCAUCAAGCUGAAAAGGAAGCAAGAUUGAACGAGGCCAGCCGGAUAUACGAGGAGUCUACAUCUCGCUCCAACGCGGACCAGGAAAUCGAUGACCACACAUUGACUCUGCAGCAAGCUGUUGUUGCGGACGCCAAUGCGAUUCAGCAGAAUGGUUACCGCCUCCGUGUGGCACCUAUGGCAAGUGUGACACCGGAAAUGCGCGAUGCGAUCACACAACUGCAAUCCGUAGACUUACAAAGCCGACAAGUAUCGCGUCAACCGACGUGGAGUCCAGGUAUCCCUGAUGCUCAACAACCCAUUCUUAUCAAGAAGGAAUGUCAACGUUCAGCCACGAUUGAUCCGCGCAAACGUGCAGGAAGACAUGUGACACCGUCUACCGCACCUCCAAUUACAGUCAAGUCAGAGGCUCAAGAUAUCCGCAUUGGGUCCAUGUCGACAGCUCGAACUCCUUCCGAUCGCGGACGGCCUGAGCUCACGACUCAGAGGUACAGCCAUGGAGCGCAGAUCAAGCAAGAGCCUGUUGAAGAAGCUUGGAAUCCCGCUUUCGCAUCCACUCCGGCGAAUUUGCAGAGAUACAUCAAUACCCGGUCCGCCGUGAAGCCAGAACCUGUGGAGGCAGAGCUACCGUUGCAAGCAUCAUUCAUCCCUGGCACUACAGUGAAAUCUGAACCUACGGAAGAAAGUAUCUUGCCGGCGCGAUAUGCCAAUGAGGCAACGCUUCCAAGACCUGCACCAACUGGCUUUCUGUCGGAAGACGGUCGUCCAUCUGCGACUGAGCCCGGACUAGUGAAGACGCGGGAUCCUAGGCUGGCUCAUAGAGAAGCGAUGGCCAAGAGAUCCGACCGAGAACCGGACGUUGGCAAUUCCUCUGUGAAACGAUUGCGAAGAUAGAGAAGCAAAGUUGACCCUUGUCUGGGAUUUACAAAAGAUAUGCUGUUCUACUUGCUUCCAGAUGUAUCAGCAUAAUGUAAUUAUAUUAAAUUCAUGUCUUGAAAUGUUCCGGGCAGAAAUCAGCGAGGGUA